UGCCAUCAUGCCAAUGGUGAAGGUUGUUGGAAAAGCACACCACCUUUGUGCUUUUUGCUCAUUCAUUUUUGCUGUCUCCAGCUUGGUGUCCUCAGGUUCAAGCGGUGAGUCCAAGCGACAUUUACCUAGAAAGACAGGUGAAAAGGAUUGACCUUCGUAGUCCAAGAGGAUGGCUUCUGCAGUUGCCGCAAGCGCCGGCCUCUCUGCUGGCGCGCUCUCGGGGUGCGCUUCCCUGCGGCGAUCAGUUGACGGAGGCCAAAAUGCGAAUCUUGUCCCUCGAAGGGUGGCAAAGUUGCAGUCAGGGGGCCUGAAUGCAUCCACCACGGUCCAAGCUCUCUCUGCAAGGACGUCUUCACAAGUAGCCGCUUUUCAACCCGUAGUGGAGACAAAGUCUGCAGGUGGCAGGGCGCCUCCUCAAGGACCAAGGGCAGCUGGCCAGGCAUACAUCUGUCAAGACUGCGGGUAUAUCUACAAUGAGCGCAAGCCCUUUGAUUCUUUGCCUAGGGAGUACUCUUGCCCAGUAUGCUCUUCUCCCAAGAGGCGCUUUAAGCCCUACACGGCCCCUGUGGCAAGAGACGCAAACAAAUUGGAUGUCCGGAAAGCAAGGAAGGCUGAGAUCAAAGAUGCCGGAAACCCCCUCCCCGCGGUUAUCGGAGGAAUCAUCGUUGUGUUGGCUGGUACAUACUUUUACCUGAACUCCACUCUCUGAGCCAAGAAGGACAAGGUGAAAGGGUGAUCGAGUUUCAGCAGUUUUGGUGUUGCUGGUUAUCAGAGUAGCUUGAAGCAAGGUUUCAAGAGAAAGGUAGACACGGAGGUCCCUCCAAGGUCUUUACAAAGCGAAAUGUUCGUUCCUUCCAAUGGGACAUGAUUGACAGCUGUCAGGUUGAGCACUUGUGACACUGCAUGAGCAGAUCAGGACAGCCAAGGUAAAUCAGAGUGCGAAUGAUGAGCCGCCGAACACGCAACAUCAUUCUGCAUAUGGGCCUCCAUUGAGCCAGCUCGAUUGGAAACAGACCAUAGCAACUCAAUAAUGAUUCCGAUGACUGUAUUGUUGAAGUGGUCGAGGUCAUCAUCCAAUCGCACUUGUGGCACAUGGC